GCGCGGCGCUGCCAAUCGCAGACAAAGGCCGCCCCAGUGAAUCAUGUGGUGCCGGGGGAGGAAGUGCUGCUUGUUUUCGUUCCUCCAGUCUCGGGAGUGCAGGCCGACGGCGAUGCACACCGACCACCUCGCGGGCGGCGCGGCCCGGGAGCCCCGAUGAGGCCGGAGCUUCCCCGGCCGCGCCGCAGCGCUCCUGGCCCGAUGGAGGCCCCACCGUGGGAGCCGGGACACAACGGCUCGCUCCCGCCCACGCUGACGCCAGCCGUGCCCCCCUACGUGAAGCUCGGCCUCACAGUGGUCUACACCGUGUUCUACGCGCUGCUGUUCGUGUUCAUCUACGCGCAGCUCUGGCUGGUGCUGCGUUACCGCCACAAGCGCCUCAGCUACCAGAGCGUGUUCCUCUUCCUCUGCCUCUUCUGGGCCUCCCUGCGGACUGUGCUCUUCUCUUUCUACUUCAGAGACUUCGUGGCGGCCAACUCGCUCAGCCCCUUCGUCUUUUGGCUGCUCUACUGCUUCCCCGUGUGCCUUCAGUUCUUCACCCUCACGCUGAUGAACUUGUACUUCACGCAGGUGAUUUUCAAAGCCAAGUCAAAAUACUCUCCAGAGUUACUCAAGUACCGGCUGCCCCUCUACCUGGCCUCACUCUUCAUCAGCCUCGUUUUUCUCCUGGUGAACUUAACCUGUGCCGUGCUGGUGAAGACAGGAAACUGGGAGAGGAAGGUGAUCGUCUCCGUGCGAGUGGCCAUCAAUGACACGCUGUUUGUGCUGUGUGCCAUCUCUCUCUCCGUCUGUCUCUACAAAAUCUCUAAGAUGUCACUGGCCAACAUUUACUUGGAGUCCAAGGGCUCCUCUGUGUGCCAAGUGACCACCAUCGGUGUCACUGUCAUCCUGCUUUACACCUCCCGGGCCUGCUACAACCUGUUCAUCCUUUCGUUUUCUCAGAACAACAAUGUCCGUUCCUUUGACUAUGACUGGUACAACGUGUCAGACCAGGCGGAUCUGAAGAACCAGCUGGGAGAUGCCGGAUAUGUGGUGUUCGGUGUGGUGCUUUUCCUGUGGGAACUCUUACCCACCACCCUGGUGGUCUACUUCUUCCGCGUUAGAAAUUCUACCAAGGAUCUUACCAACUCUGGAAUGGUCCCCAGCCAUGGAUUCAGUCCCAGAUCUUAUUUCUUUGACAACCCUCGAAGAUACGACAGUGAUGAUGAUCUUGCCUGGAACAUUGCCCCUCAGGGACUUCAGGGAAGUUUUGCUCCAGACUGCUACGACUGGGGACAACAGACUAACAGCUUCCUGGCACAAGUAGGAACUUUGCACCAAGACUCUACUUUGGAACCUGACAAACCAAGCCAAGGAUAGCAUCACUGAAAAAUUUUAUGGGACAGUCCACAGUUGAAAAGCUUCAGAAAGACAAACUCCAUGACAACUGAACGUUUAGGGCACUUUCCCUUAAGAAACAGACAAUUUUUAUUUGCUACAAGUUUCUAAUGGCUCCACAGGACUAAUCAAUACUUUAGGCUGAUGAACUCUUAUUUUAGUACUAAAAUGUGAGCCUAGCUAUUUCAAUGGGUAUAAUUUAAACUUUUGAAAGAAAAUCUGUACUUUUAUAAAGAUAUAUUUUAUAUAACUUAAAUAUUAGUGAAGUAUACUAGAGUUUCCUUGAGAGUGUUCUUACAGAAUGUUGUAGUUUGCACCCUUUUAUGCAUAAUUCACUUUAAAAGUAGACAGUAUGGUCUAAUAGUU